AUGGGGCUGUUUGAUCGAGGUGUUCAAAUGCUUUUAACCACCGUUGGUGCUUUCGCUGCCUUCAGUCUGAUGACCAUAGCUGUGGGAACCGACUAUUGGCUCUACUCCAGAGGGGUUUGCAAGACCAAAAGUGUCAGUGAGAAUGAAACCAGCAAAAAGAACGAGGAAGUUAUGACCCAUUCUGGAUUAUGGAGAACCUGCUGCCUAGAAGGGAACUUCAAAGGUCUCUGCAAGCAAAUCGAUCACUUCCCAGAGGAUGCAGAUUACGAAGCUGACACAGCAGAAUAUUUCCUCCGGGCCGUGAGGGCCUCAAGCAUCUUCCCGAUCCUGAGUGUGAUUCUGCUUUUCAUGGGUGGACUCUGCAUCGCAGCCAGCGAGUUCUACAAGACUCGACACAACAUCAUCCUGAGUGCCGGCAUCUUCUUCGUGUCUGCAGGUCUGAGUAACAUCAUUGGCAUCAUAGUGUACAUAUCUGCCAAUGCCGGAGACCCCUCCAAGAGCGACUCCAAAAAGAAUAGUUACUCGUACGGCUGGUCCUUCUACUUCGGGGCCCUGUCCUUCAUCAUCGCCGAGAUGGUCGGGGUGCUGGCGGUACACAUGUUUAUCGACCGGCACAAACAGCUGCGGGCCACGGCCCGUGCCACGGACUACCUCCAGGCCUCGGCCAUCACCCGCAUCCCCAGCUACCGCUACCGCUACCAGCGCCGCAGCCGCUCCAGCUCCCGCUCCACCGAGCCCUCACACUCCAGGGACGCCUCUCCCGUGGGCAUCAAGGGCUUCAACACCCUGCCGUCCACGGAGAUCUCCAUGUACACCCUCAGCAGGGACCCCCUGAAGGCCGCCACCACGCCCACCGCCACCUACAACUCGGACAGAGACAACAGCUUCCUCCAAGUCCACAACUGUAUCCAGAAGGAGAACAAAGACUCUCUCCACUCCAACACAGCCAACCGCCGGACCACCCCCGUAUGAAGCCCACCGCGGGGUGGGGAUGGGGGAUGGAUGGGGACGGAGCCUGGCAGCGCCGCAGGAGGGGCGUGUGGGGUGCCCCCCUCGCCCGCCCGCGCAGUGGG